AUGCCAGGCACGCCGAGAACGCCAAGCGUCAGCUCUGCCGCCGAGCAGAAGGGCGCACCCGUCUUCCCAGAGGUCGUCAGCGUCCCACAGGCGUCCGAUUCAAAGCACCAUGCAGUCGAUCAGGUCUGGGCCGCCGGCGCGUCGGCGCAGAUGUACGAGCCCAUCCCCGAGUAUGAGGGCCGCCACCGGUACGACCCCACGGCGACCUGGUCGGAGCACGAGGAGAAGAAGCUGGUUAGGAGGCUCGACUACAGGAUCUGCUCGUGGGUUUGCCUCAUGUUUUUCGCGCUCCAGCUGGACCGCGGCAACAUCAACCAGGCCAAUACGGACAACAUGCUGGAGGACCUCGGCCUCACGACCAACCAGUACAACUACGGCAUGACCAUCUUCUACGUGUGCUUCCUCUGCGCCGAGCUGCCGUCGCAGAUGAUAUCGAAGAAAUUGGGUCCAGAUAGGUGGGUGCCAGCACAGAUGGUGUCGUGGAGCAUCGUCGCGGCUUGCCAGUGCUUGAUGACGGAGAAGAACGGCUUCUACGCCACGCGCGCCCUGCUCGGCCUCAUUGAGGGCGGCUUCAUCCCGGACGCCAUCCUGUACCUCUCCUACUUCUACACCAGUAAGGAGCUGCCCAUCCGCAUGAGCUACUUCUACUGCUCCUCCAACGCCACCCAGAUCAUCGCCGCCUUCCUCGCCUUCGGCAUCCUGCACCUGCGAGGCGUCGGCGGCUGGGAGGGCUGGAGAUGGCUUUUCGCCCUCGAAGGCGGCCUUACGGCCCUCAUCGGCGUCGUCUCGUGGUUCUAUCUGCCGCCGAGCCCGACGCAGACGGCGAGCCGGUUCCGCGGCAAAGACGGCUGGUUCUCGGAGCGCGAGGAGAUCAUCAUGGUGAAUCGUAUACUAAGGGACGAUCCCUCAAAAGGAGGGAUGCACAAUCGUCAGGGACUGACCCUGAGGCUCCUCUGGUCUGCGCUCUCGGACUGGGACCUCUGGCCCAUCUACCUCUACGGCUUCACGCUCCUCAUCCCCGUCAGGCCCAUCGAUCAGUACCUGACCAUCAACCUCAAGGCUCUCGGCUUCGACACGUUCCAAGCGAACCUGCUCACCAUCCCGGGCUACGUGCUGUUCCUGAUCCAGCUCGUGUUCUGGUCCCGCGUCUCGGAGCGCUGGAACAACCGCAUGCUGAUCGUCUUCCUCUACUCCGUCUGGGUGUUCCCCCUCGUCUUGGCCUUGGAGCUGAUGCCGGCCGGGUCCAGCCCCUGGAAGUGGUACGCCGUCACUGCUCUGAUCGUCGGUUACCCUUACGUCCAUUCGAUUCUAGUCAGUUUGACAUCGCGAAAUGCGGGCACGGUCCGAACGAGAACCGUUGGCAGCGCCAUCUACAACAUGACGGUGCAAGCGAGCAGCAUCAUCGGCUCCAACAUCUACCAGAAAGACGACGCGCCGCUGUACCGCCGAGGCAACAAGAUCAUCCUGGCGCUCAUUGCCUGGAACGCGGUGCUCGCCUGGCUCAUCAAGGCGUACUACAUGAAGAGGAACAAGACGCGCGACGGCAUCUGGGGGGGCAUGAGCCAGCAGGAGAAGGACCACUACCUGGCGACCACGAAGGACGAGGGAAGCAGGCGGCUGGACUUCCGUUUCGCGCACUAG